CAGCACAACUUUAACAGCUGACGUAACAGCAUCCCACGUGGGUGAACGCAACACCAUUCGCCUUGUUGAAUGACGUGUCAACAAAGUGCCGGAAGCUUUCAGUCGCUCCAAAAUGGCUUACCAGACCUUACAGCAGGAGUAUCUACAGAUCCCUGUGGUUACCAGGGCAUAUACUACCGCCUGUGUCCUCACAACCGCUGCAGUGCAACUAGAGAUCAUCACACCCUUUCAGCUAUACUUCAAUCCAGAUUUGAUUCUACGGAAUUACCAGGUAUGGCGGCUAAUAACCAACUUCCUGUUUUUUGGUCCAGUUGGCUUCAAUUUCCUGUUCAAUAUGAUUUUUUUGUACAGAUACUGUCGUAUGCUAGAGGAGGGCUCUUUCAGGGGACGCACGGCUGACUUUGUCUUCAUGUUCCUGUUUGGUGGGCUUCUGAUGACUAUAUUUGGGACGUUUGUGAGCCUGGUGUUCCUGGGCCAAGCCUUCACUAUCAUGCUGGUGUACGUGUGGAGUCGACGAAACCCCAACGUGCGCAUGAAUUUCUUCGGGCUGCUGAAUUUCCAGGCACCCUUCUUACCCUGGGUGCUGAUGGGAUUCUCACUUCUGCUGGGCAACUCCAUCAUCGUGGAUCUUUUAGGUAUCGCUGUUGGUCAUGUGUACUUCUUCCUGGAGGAUGUUUUCCCCAACCAGCCAGGUGGUGGAAGGUGGCUCAAGACCCCAUCUAUCAUAAAGAUGCUGUUUGACACUCCAGAGGAAGACGCCAACUACAACCCUCUGCCAGAGGAGCGCCCAGGAGGUUUCGCCUGGGGAGAGGGACAGCGUCUCGGAGGUUAAACCUGCUCCCAGAUCAGCCCUGAUCCACAGGUCACUUUCAUGGACAUUCCCUCCGACAGAUGAAGGGGGAUGAACGUGGUCUUUGUCCUUGGCGUAUUUGUUUAGUUCUGGACAAAGAUGCCAAAACAAGCCAGAACUUGUCUGGAGAUAACCAUCUGUUGUCUUUUUGUAUAUGGGCUUAAAUCAUCCUCAGAAAAAAAAACUCUUCUCGAUGCCAGAUCGUUGCUCAAAGACUAUUUUAGAGGACACAAGCUUCGGAUGGACGGCGAGCCUUUUAGGGCUCAGGUUGAUGUUUGUCUAACACCUCGGGAAAAAAAAUUGACAUACAACUGUCGUACAAAAGAAGCAAAAAAAAAAAAAAAUGACAGCAGUAAAAUAUUAUGAAAAAUGAAUUUAUUCAGAUGGCGAGUGCUUUUUUUUUUUCUUCUUGCAUUUCACUUUUUUAAAGAAUAAAUGUGUGUGGCAAAUGAUGCUUUGGUUUCAUCUCUUUUGACUGUUGUAGUAUUGCAUGAAACCAAAGAAGAGUCAACAUAUAUUAGAAGAAUUGAGCCAUACGCAUUAAUAUUAUGCUCAGUAGAGAAUUAUUCCAUGAGUUAUUAUGGAAGGUAGGGUCAUUCUCUUUACACAGCAGCUCAGUUACUGCAGGGUUUGUUCUUCAGGCUUUGUGUGUCAGCACAUUCAACAUGAAAUAAACUAAUGGAGACUGAAUUAAAGUGCCAUGUCUAAGCUUUAAUCAAAGCUUCACAUCAGUAUAGAAAGAAGUAUGUGGAAGAUAAAGCAUUUUAACAUGUUGGGAACCAAAUUUAAAAUUGUUGAAACAAUUGAACAGAUACACAUGAAGUCCAACAAAAUAAUCAUGUUUAAUAUUAAAUGGAAAAAACUUUCACAAUCAAAGCCUGGCUGAAGUCUUGGAGUCAUAAACAGCAGACGCUUUGUGUCUUCUCUGCUGAUUCUCCCACAGACAGUUUCAGGCAUGUUGAUCGUGGGCUCUCUCCGCCUCUAGUCUUGUUUCCAGCAGGUGGAAUGCAGUUCAAUCGGACUGAGAUCUGGUCAUCAAGUCUUCUCCUCCUACAUCCUGCAGAGCAUUCUUGAUGUGACAUUCUGUGUGCGCUCACAAAGGGCUUUUUAUUUACUGCACAAGUAUCACAAAACUUCCACAAUCUACCAGCUUGUUUGUCAUUUUAUAGUUUUCCUGAGCUCACCUGCUUCUUUUUUUCCCCACAGUUUUCUACAUAUAUUGAUGUAAACCAACUCAAAUGAAAGCUGACUUGGCACUUAAAUGUAGCAUCCAUAACUUUACUUAAAAUUGAAAAACAGAGCCUGAAGAACAGAAAGUGUGUAACUGUCCAAAUCCUUACAGUCUUAACUGUAUAUCACAUUUUGUACCAUGUUCUCCAUUUCAUUCAAGUUUUUCUUUCUUUCAUUUCAUUCAAACGGCCUUAAAUCUUGUAGGUGUGUGAACCAAUCAGCUUUCAAAAAGGGUGUGUGAGUAAUGCCUUUUAUUUGUAUGUGACAAUGCUUCUGUUUGUAUAUCAUGGAUACUGCACACUUUUAUUUAUUUCUUUAUUUUUCUGUUGCAUGUGACCCAGUUUCAUGUGUAGAAGGUAUAAAUCCCAUUCUUUCUCUUGAGAAAGGGAUGAAAGAAGUUAUGAUUCUUGGCAAUAGCAAAACAAAGUAUUUCAUGAGCCUUUAGUAGAGUUAUUAAUAAUAUACUGUGGGCUGAGAAGAGUUAUGGACUGUAAACUUUUUCUAAAACUAGAGCUGAUUGUGCUGUUAUUGUUUUGUUUUUAUUUUACUUUGCUUUUUGUUUUGUUUUUUAAAACAUUGCAGUAAUAAAUACAAAAUGUAGUUGAAUUCUACUUCUACAUCUAUAAAUGACCUUUCAAAAAUCCAAGUUUUAAUCAAUAUAUUGUACCGUAUUUCACUGUAAUUUUAAGUACUUUUCAUUC